UAUCGAAAUUAGGGUUCAUGAUUAGCAGAAGAGAGCUCUGAAUCUAUGGAGGCUGCGAAAGAAAGAGUCGGCUUGCUUGACAAGAUCCUUCCUCCGGCGUUGGCAGACGCCGGCCUCGAAGAUUGUGCUCUGCCGCCUGAUUCUAUACAUGAAGCGUUUCGUAAAGCUGCAGACGCCGUGAAAUCGCGCGCGGCGUCGCUUUUCGAAGACGACGAGGAAGAAGGCGGUUGCGUAGCGGAUCCGCGCCCGGCAUCGAAGGGAACGGAGGCGAAGCCCGUUUUCGGAAGUUCUGAUACGAUCAUCGUAGGCGGGGAUAAUGGAGGGGAUGCUGGGCCGUGUCUAGUCGGAAAGGGCAAUGAGAAGUUGGAAGAUGCGUUGGCGGUGGCGGGGGAAGGAGGAGAAGGGAAGAGCUGCGGUGAUGGUUUGAAAGAUCUAGAUGUUGAAGGUAUUGAGAGCAGCGGGGAGAAGAAGGAUCAGAAUGAAGAAGACGAGGAAGAGGAGAAGAAGCCCAUUUUGGUUGAAGGAUUUGUCUGAAGAGUCUUCAUGGUGUUCCACUAGUCGUGUAUAUAAAUAAAGUAUUAGACUUUAGCAGCUGAGCUUUAUCACCAUUGGCUAUGGUGGCAAAGCUAUUGUAUCCCAUGUGAAAACAUGAAACUUGGAUGAAAUACGAUCUCUUUUUGACUUAC